GUCGUAUCCCGCUGCUUCUUCAAGUUCUCGAAGGCACCGAUCUAGUGAUCGCCGACGCGAAGAGAGCUACCACCGUCACCGCCAUGGACGAGAUUACGACAGAGACGGCCGUAGAAAAAACGCCGUAUCAAGAUAAGCCAGUUCUCGAGAAUGAAGCGAGAAAAGAAAUGAACAAAACAACUAAACAAAAAGUACCAAUUUCUCUUGAGGAGUUGAUGCAAAAACACGAAACAGAAAAGCAAGCUAAUGAUAGGAAGCCCGACAAAAUGGUAAUCGGUAUUCUAGGUGUAGCACACACGACAUUAUCUAGUAGACUGACUUCUUUUACAGGUUAUGGUCGUGAUCGUAGAGAUUAUUAUGAUCGGUAUGAUCGUGAUAGAUUUGAACGAUAUGAGAGGCCAAGAGGAAGGGAUCGUGACAAUGUGGAUAAGCGUUCAACUGAUAAAUCGGAAGCCAACGAAGGGGAAAAGCUAGAUGAUAAAGAAUUACAAGCAAUUAGAGAGCGUUAUAUGGGCGGAGAGCGCAAAAAGCGUAAAAUACGUAAAAUGAACGAAAAAAAAUUUGUCUUCGAUUGGGAUGCCGGAGAAGAUACGUCUCAAGAUUUCAAUCCGUUGUACGCGACAAAACAUAAUGCACAGAUGUUCGGACGCGGACACUUUGCAGGAAUUGACAUUAAGGAACAAAAACGUGAUCGCGCACAAUUUUAUAAUCAACUUUUAGAAGAAAGGAGAACUUUAGACCAAAAGGAUCGUGCUGAAGAAAGAAUGGAAAUCGACAGAAAGAAAGAGUUAAAGAGCAUGUGGGACGAUCGCCAUUGGUCAGAAAAACCUUUAUCGGAAAUGAAAGAGAGAGAUUGGCGUAUUUUCAAGGAAGAUUUUAAUAUUACUACAAAAGGUGGCAGUAUUCCUAACCCUAUAAGGUCGUGGGUAGAAUCUGGAUUGCCUGAACGUAUUCUCAAGUUAAUUGAAAGCAUCGAUUAUAAAGAACCGACGCCCAUACAACGUCAAGCAAUACCUAUAGGGUUACAAAAUAGGGAUAUCAUUGGUAUUGCUGAAACUGGUAGUGGUAAAACUGCAUCAUUUGUAAUACCGAUGCUUGUUUACAUAUCCGAUUUACCGAAAUUAUGUGAAGAAAAUAUGUCGGACGGACCUUACGCUCUUAUUUUAGCACCGACCCGAGAAUUGGCUCAGCAAAUUGAACAGGAAACUUUAAAAUUUGCUGCACCUAUGGGAUUUAAUUGUGUAUCAAUUGUUGGUGGGCAUGCCGUUGAAGAACAAGCUUUUAAUUUAAGGAAUGGAGCAGAGAUUAUUAUUGCUACCCCUGGCCGUUUGAAGGACUGCUUAGACCGAAGAAUUCUGGUUCUUAAUCAAUGUACAUAUGUAGUUAUGGACGAGGCCGACCGUAUGAUAGAUAUGGGGUUCGAAACAGAUGUUAAUUUGAUUUUGGACGCAUUACCAGUAUCUAAUGUAAAGCCUGAUACUGAAGAGGCCGAAAACCCCGCUGAAAUGUUGAAGAAGAUUGGGCAAAAAGAACGCUAUAGACAAACUGUCAUGUUUUCUGCAACGAUGCCUGCUGCAGUUGAAAGAUUGGCAAAAAGGUGCGUCGUUAUUGUCACAAUAGGCACCGCCGGUCAGGCUGUAGAUACUGUGGAACAACGAGUGGAAAUGAUUAAUGAUGAAAGCCGAAAGAAGGCACGUCUGUUAGAACUUCUCCAGGAAUCCUUUGAUCCGCCGAUCAUUAUUUUUGUUAAUCAAAAGAAAGGUUGUGAUGUCUUGGCUCGGGCUCUAAACAAACUUGGGUACCGUGCAACGACUCUCCAUGGUGGUAAGACACAGGAACAGAGAGAGAAUGCCUUGGCGCACUUAAAGAAUGGCACCAUGGAUAUACUAGUGGCUACUGAUGUUGCUGGUCGUGGUAUAGAUGUCAAAAAUGUAUCUUUGGUAAUUAAUUAUGAUAUGGCGAAAAAUAUUGAAGAUUAUACUCACCGUAUUGGUCGCACUGGGCGUGCCGGUCAGUCUGGUGUCGCGAUAUCAUUUUUAUCUAAUGCGGAUGCUGAUAUCAUGUACGAUUUAAAACAAAUGAUUUUGAAGUCUCCUAUAUCACGCGUUCCCCCUGAGUUGGCAUCACACCCCAGUGCAAUGGCUAAACCGGGAACGUACGUCUCGAAGAGAAAGCAUGAAGAGACAAUAUUUCAAUAA